GGCGUGUGUGAACCAACCAAGCAGACCUGAAACAACCUAAAGGCGUAUUUAAAGACAGUACACAACAUAGCUAGCUGGUUAACUUUAGAAAACGAAUGAACUGAAGUUGAGAAGGUGUUUUUUUCUCUGCAGCCUCCAUGGCGGAAGGAAAUGUCUUCAGGAGGAUCCACGUUUACGACUGCCGCUCCCAAAAAACAAACAAGGAUAAAUUGCUGGAAACAAGUGGUUUGGACUACAAUGGCUUCCUUCGGCUUCUACGAAAGACAUUUGCAAUCAAGUCACAUGAAACAUUUGUGUUGGCCACGACGGACAGAACAGUCCUGAAGUUUGACAAUUUUGAGGAGCUUCAGGAUGACAGCACCAUCCACUUGUUGCAACAUGAGGACCAACCUCUGGUGGUGGCGACGGAGGAGCGCUUCAAAUUUCUGCCUCAUUAUGACACGUUGAUCCGGAGUGGCAUGAAUGAGUACUACGCUAGCGAAGGACAGAAUUCAUUGCCAUUUGCGCUCGCUGAGCUGAUCGACAACUCUCUUUCGGCCACGGCUAAAAACACAGGAGUGAGGACGAUAGAGAUACGGAUGAUUUUUGAUGAAAGUCUUGGGAAACCGGCAUUGAUUGUCUUAGAUAACGGGCACGGGAUGACGUCUCAAAUGCUCCAAAACUGGGCAGUGUACAGACUCUCUAAAUUUAUGAGGAAAGACAGUGAUCAAGAGAGGUAUGUCCGGCCUGAUCCUGUCCCUCGCAGUCUCAACAGUGAUAUAUCCUUCUUCGGAGUCGGAGGAAAACAGGCAGUUUUCUACAUCGGAGACUCAACCAGGAUGAUCAGUAAAGCAGCGGGCUGCCCAGAUGUUCAUGAGCUGAUUCUGUCCAAGGAGGACUUUGAGAGGAAAACGGACAACAAAGAGGACAUUUACACCGGGGUCAUUAAAAACAGGAUGCCCUGUGAUUAUUCACAUGUGAAAAAAAACGAUGAGCGCUUCCUCCACCGCCUUAUCGAAGAGGAAUCGGGCAAGGAAAGCUUCACGGCCGUGGUUAUUACGGGAAUCUUUCCUAAGCAUAUCGCUUUCAUCAAAGAAGAUUUCAAUGUGUUGACCAGACGGCUUACUCACAUAUAUCACUAUUACAUACAUGGAGUCAAUGGAAAGGACAUGAGUAGCAGCUCUACGAUCUCGGAUCCCCCUGAAAUUGAAAUCCUGAUCAAUCUGGCCGAGAAGCCUCCCAGAUGUCCCCGUUACGUGAAUCUUCGAGAAGUUGAAACCGACAUGCAGACUCUGUACAUAAAUUCUGCUGUCGACACGUUUGAGUUUAAGGCCUCCAUUGCACAAGACGGUGGCGCAGUGGAAGGGGCCAUUCGGUAUCAUCCCUUCCUCUAUGACAAGGAGACUUAUCCCGAAGACCCCGAUGUUGUGCACGCCGUUGAUGAGGACGAUGAUGAUAAUGAGUCUCGAGUCCUGCAUCAGGCAAGAGGGAACAGGCCAAUAUUUGACUGCUUCUGGAAUGGACGGCUCAUACCGUACACCACAGUGUCUGAGUUUGACUGGUGUGCUCCGAGUAAAGGAGCAAAGGAGCUUGCAGAGUGUUACAAUCGGAUUUCAGGGGUGCUUUUCACCGACGACAAAUUCCCAGUCAGCACUAACAAGCUCACCUUCAUGGAACUGGAGAUGAAACUGAAGCACAAGGACACUUUCUUCACACGUGUUGUUAAUGGACAGAAACAAAGGGGUAACAUGCAGAAGGAGUUUACGCAGUGGCUAAAAAACUGUCACGAGAAGUGGGACAAGCAAGUGCAGUUCCUCAACUAUAAGGAGAUCAUAACACGAACCGAUGUGCCCAAGAAAAUGCAGUAUCCCUGGACGACGUUCACCUCUAUCGAAUGGGAUGGGAAAAUAUACAAAGAAGGCCAACUUGUCAAGUCUCACAAAACGCAGCCCAUUCUGUACGGUAGAGUGAUUCGUUUUUUGCUGUAUGGAAAACAUGACGGAAACAUCUUUGCCGAAGAGGGACAGGUUGAAAUGGCUCUGGAACCCAAAGCAUUUCACGACAAGAUCAGGACCAUACCCAUUUCAAAGAUUGACAAGACCGCCACUUGUGAAGCCAUCAAGAAAUACAUCGACAAUGACGCAGAAAGGCUUCCGGAUAUUCUGCAAGUGAACUGGCCAGAGGGUAACCCCUGGCCACACAAUGCUGUUCGUCCAGCUGGGACUCCGUUAGGGCCAAUCAAAGUCGAAAUUCUCAACAAGAAGAAAGAGUGCAUAUCCAAGAUGCCAGCAGUGGGCCAGGGGGCAGGGAAUAAACUGAUCGUUGAGCUCAAAAUCAUCCAGCAUGGUCCUAAAGGAGAUCAAGAGGUUAUCUCUUGUGUUGCCAAACAUUUAACAAAGAAUGGUUUCUGGUUCAAAAGAACUGAUAAACUGACCUGCCUGGGGAAGUAUUCUCUGUUCCUGAACACGAUGAUCAGUGACAGUAACGCUACCGUGUUUGGAGGCAGAGAGCUUCCAAGCUACAAAUUCAAGUUCACCAUCCAAGAGGGCAGUGCCGAGAGUUUUGUUAUCGGCACAGUGAGCACCAGCCUUCGCGUGGGAGUGCCAUUCGACAUUCCACUGCUGAUAAAAGACGGUUAUGGCCACUCAACGACGCCUCCUCCUGAUCUCAAACCGGUUCUCAAAUGCAGUGGACUGGCUUUCAGUUAUGAGUCAGUGGACAACCGUGGGUCGACGGUCACGAUCAGAAGCGUCAAAACAAGAGGAAAAGUCCAGAAUUACCAACAAUCCAAGACAUAUGACCUGCAAGUGACACUUCCUGGCCUGAAGAAACACACAGAGACGAUCAAGAUCAGUCUUCUGCCUGGUAAUCCACAUUCCCUCCACGUGACGCCAGAAGACGACCCAAUCGCAGUGCAGAAUGGAAACCCUGUCAAGUUUAACAUUGAAAUUCACGAUGAGGCUGGAAACCUCACCGCUCACAACAAACAGAUCGUCCUCUGCCAGGUUCAGGGGUGUCCAAAGGUGGCAACUGACUGCAGCACAGGAGCUGGACAGUUUGUGACAAAGCCCAUAGAACUGAAAAUAAUCGAGGGACAACCACAAACACUCACCGUUCAAUUCGAGAUGCCUAGUCAGAAGAAGAUGGCGUCGGUCGUGAGGGAGCUGAAGGUGCUGCCCAGCUCAAGAGUCUCCCGCAUGGAGCUCUUCAGCGAGGUAGAUGAGAAUUUGGUGCUGAGGAACGACGACAAGAUAGAAUGGCCGGCUGGAGGCGUGCUGGAGAACUUGAUGUACAAACUGUAUGAUGAGGCUGGUAGAGAGGUGCCUCCUACAGCUGAAAUAGCCUCCAGGAUCAAGGUUAACUGGACAGGAAAUGUAAAUCUGGAAGAUUUGAUCGAGGGGAAGCUGCCUGACCUACAGGUGCCCUCUCAGGUGCAGGAAGCGCGCUUCUACCAGGUGUCCUACCAAGACCACCAGAGUGCUUCAGUCUCCUUCAACAUAAAGCCUCGUCCGGAUGAACCAGCACGGCUGAAGGCAACUCUACUCCAAAACACAGUGAAGCUCCGGGAAAUUCUACCUGGAAACAUCAGCUUGGAGCUUCUGGACCAGUAUGAUAAUGUAACCAAGGCGCUUACGUCCACCUCUCAGAACCACAUGACUGUGGAAGCUGACGGUCUGGACAAAUCGGCUAUCACCUUUACAUGGCAGGAGAGCAGCGGUUCUGUUCUGGUAACGGGGGUGCAGUUCCAGUCUGGGACGCCUGGCCCCAGAGAGUUGUGCUUCACCUACAGGAGCUUUGUGGAGUCCGUCAUAGUUAAAGUGACCGCUGGAGUCCCUGCACAACUCAAACUAGUCAGUGGGCCAGUGCAGCCUUUGCGGGUGUUUAAUGACGAAGGCAUCGCCACACCGUUCCUCGUCCAGCUGUGUGACGAGUGGGGAAACCCCUCUACAGACCAGAGGGUCGUGGUUGAGUUGAAGCCUUCGCCACAGACACUGAAGGUGAAGACGCCUGUUACUUCACAACCCGUGAACGCAGAAGGGAAAGCGUCUUUCACUGUUAAUAGUGUGAGCGGACCAAAGGGGUACUAUCAGCUGGUUUUUAAAGGUUACCUCAACCUGAAACCCAUCCCUGGUCCUUCAGUGAAUCUCACUGUCAUCCCUGAUCCCAAUAAACCUGCCAGCCUGUCGGUGGCGUAUAACACCAAAGCCAGGUUUCCUGCAGGAGGCGUCUUCCCAGUCUUCUCUGUGACUGUGGUGUCUGAUGAAGGAGGCCCGAUUACGACUUUUAAUCCCGCUGCUGCAUCCAUGUUCGUGUGGAAGGGAGUGCCAUCAGAAAAUCCCCCUCCACAAACGGCCACUGAGCUGAAGUGUAGUAAACCCAUGGAGAACGACAACAACGACCUUUUUCACUUCAGAGACAAAGAGAUCCCAGCACAAGUUGGAAAGCACAUCAUCCAGUUUUCUCUACGAAUAGACAAAAUGAACGUCCUGUUCAGUAAACAGAUUACUAUAAACGUGGUGACCAAUCAACCUGUCAAACUGGGACCCGACGCUCAGCCACUGACCCCAGUUGUUUCCUACAGUGAAGACAUUGCCAACCGAACCUUGGUGGAGAACAUGACUCUGAGAAUAAUGGAUUCAUUUGGGAAUCCAGGAGGGGAAGACGUGGACGGGAAGGUGGUCGUUUCCAUAAAGAAUAUCAGUGGAGGCGGCAACAAAAGUCUCCCUCUGUUUGAAGGCAAAAGCAACAGUUUGGAAAUGAGCUUGGUAGAUGGAAAGGCCCACAUCACCAGGCUGGCUAUCAUGAAGAACAGCCCCGGUGAGAAUGGAAGCGCUUACAUCCUCCUCUUCACGCCUGAAGUGUCGACGGGUGCCGCGCCCCUCGAUCCCUUUGAGCUCCCCUUCCAUUUUUACAAUGAUUCAGAGAACCAACGGAAAAUGUCCGAGCUGUCCAGGAAGAAAGAUGAGCUCACUAUUGCCAUCGAUAAAUAUAAAGAAAAUUUCACUACAUAUAGAGAACUCCUUGGAUUACUGACCAGUCAUCACCUGGAUGCAAGCAACAAAGAGGCGGAGCUUAGAAAUGAGCUUCUCAGAAGGAAAAUGGAAAUGGCACAAACUAUCCUAGAUGUUGAAAGUCUCAUAAAAAAGAAGAAUGCUGAAAUCGACCACAUGAUGAAAACACCCAGAAGACAUUGCACCAUCCCCGAUCACUUCAGGGGGAAGCAGGAUGUUUUGGGAAUGGUUGGCCACCUCGCUUUAGUGCAGGAUGAUGACGCUGCGAGGGUGAUCUCCUGGCAUAUCCAGGGGGACAUGGAUUGUGUCAUCACGAAAACAACCGCAGCAGCGCGGCAGAUCUAUGCCGACACCCAAGGCAGGCAGCAGGUCAUGGCCCUUGACAGUGUUUAUGUGCAGGCAGGCAACAGACCGAUGCCGCACAUGAGAAAUGGCAUGCCGCUCUUUGAUCCCCCUGGGAACCCAGUCCUCGCCAGAGAGCUCCUGCGUUACUGCAACGACCAGGAGAACUGUACCAUUGCUUUUAAAAACAUCCUCGGAGACACAAUUCUGAUCGAUGAUCUGGACUCUGCAAAUAGCUACAGAAAGGCGGUGGUGCAGUGUAAGAUGCCGUGUGCCACCAUCCUGACCAGGCAGGGGGACAGGAUCAGUGCCAAGGGCAAGUUUGGAGGCAACCAGAACAAAGCCCCACCAAUUAACAGAAUAAAAGUGUUUGGAGUCCCCCUCCCACAACAUUACUUUAUUCUCAAGGAACACAUAGACCUGCUCAGCCAACACCGCUCGGCUCUGGAGAAGAAGGAUCAGACAGCAAAGGAGCGUGACAAUCACCUAAAAACCAUGAAGUCUCCUGAAAUGCUGAAAAAGCAACAAGAAAUGAUUGAGAAGAAGAAACAGCUGGAGGACAUUGAGAGACAACUCGUGUCAACCCAAUUAAGACCAGUGAAGCGGGGUCUUGAGAAUGCUGGUGAGCCGUCCAGCGUCAUACCAAAGAGAGCAAAGCAGAGAUCCACGUAAGAGGUGGAUAACUCGACAACAACAAACCUCUUUGCUCAUUUUAUUACAGCAUAAUAAUUGUUCUUUGAGUUAAUUAAGUUGUUUUAAUUGAAUAGUUUGUACAGAUUUGUUUUGUGUAUGUUUUUUAUUUUAUUUUUACACUUUUGUUAUAUUGAAAAAAUGCUGCAUGCAUGAUCUCUGUCUGGAUUGUUUCUGUAAGAAAUACAUAUUUGAUAAGAUCUC